AGAGAGAGGGGCACGUCGCUGUGUUGGCUACUGGUUGGGUAGCCUGCAGCACACAGGGCAGCCCGUGUGUUGUCUAGCUCUUUGCAGCGGGACAGCACCCGCAGUUCAGUAGUGGUUUUGAGUAGGUUGGGAGACAAAGCCCAAGGUUCAGACAGGGUGUAGAAUGGUUAUUUAGGGUGAGAUCUAGAGUUUUCGGUUUUAAUUUCCUUUGAGCCUCGUCAGUACUUGGACAAUCUCACAUGGUCCAGGAGCAACCUUUGUCAGUAAUUUCAUUUUGAGUCACUGUUAAUUUUGCCUAUGUAGCAUAAACCAUAAAGUGCGAUUCAGUGACUCAGAUCCACCCAUUAGCAGUUGCCAUGCCUAGAUUCUUGGUUUAGCCUUAACUGGUUCCCUUCUUGAGGUGAUGAUAAUGAAGACAAAUUUAGGCAUUAUCUUCAAUUCCCUAGAAGCAUGUCAUUCCAGUUUUAGUCAGAGUACAUUUUUUUUUUUUAAGUCUACAGCAUGUUUUUGGGCUUCCCAGGAAUUGUUACAUACUAGAUUCUGAUAUACAAGCAAAUGCAGACCUGAAAAGCACUCAGGAGCAGUCUGUGCCUGCAGAAAGUCCAGCAGCUUUGAAUGACUAUAACUUAACCAAAUGUCAUGAAAUAGAAAAUGUGGACAGUGCAGAAGGCCCAGCCAAUGAAGAUGAAGAUACAGGAGAUGAUUCGAUGAAAGUGAAAGAUGAAUACAGCGAAAGAGAUGAAAAUGUUCUAAAGCCAGAGCCUAUAGGGCAUGUGGAAGAGCCUGAAAUGCCUUACGGCUAUUCAAGAGAAUAUAAUGAAUAUGAAAACAUUAAGUUGGAGAGGCAUGUUGUCUCAUAUGAUAGCAGCAGGCCAACCACUGGGAAGAUGAAUUGCGACGUGUGUGGGUUAUCGUGCAUUAGCUUCAAUGUCUUAAUGGUACACAAGCGGAGCCACACUGGUGAACGCCCAUUCCAGUGUAAUCAGUGUGGGGCGUCUUUUACUCAGAAAGGUAACCUCCUCCGCCACAUUAAACUGCACACAGGGGAAAAACCUUUUAAGUGCCACCUCUGCAACUAUGCCUGCCAGAGAAGAGAUGCGCUCACAGGGCAUCUUAGGACACAUUCUGUUGAGAAGCCUUACAAAUGUGAGUUUUGUGGACGGAGUUACAAGCAGAGAAGUUCCCUUGAGGAGCACAAGGAGCGCUGCCGCACAUUCCUUCAGAGCUCGGAUCCCGGAGACGCCGCAAGUGUGGAGGCGAGACACAUCAAAGCAGAGAUGGGAAGUGAAAGAGCUCUCGUUCUGGACAGAUUAGCAAGCAAUGUGGCAAAACGAAAAAGCUCAAUGCCUCAGAAAUUCAUUGGUGAGAAACGUCACUGCUUUGACGUCAACUAUAAUUCCAGCUACAUGUACGAGAAAGAGAGUGAGAUGAUACAGACACGGAUGAUGGACCAAGCCAUCAAUAACGCCAUCAGCUACCUGGGCGCUGAAGCCCUGCGCCCCUUAGUGCAGACGCCGCCUGCCCCCACCUCGGAGAUGGUCCCAGUUAUCAGCAGCAUGUAUCCCAUAGCCCUCACUCGGGCUGAAAUGCCAAAUGGUGCUCCCCAGGAGUUGGAAAAGAAGAGCAUCCACCUUUCAGAGAAGAGCCUGCCUUCCGAAAGAGGUCUGUCCCCCAACAACAGUGGCCAAGACUCCACGGACACUGACAGCAACCAUGAAGAACGCCAGAAUCACCUCUACCAGCAAAACCAUGUGGUCCUUCCUCGGGCACGCAAUGGGAUGCCACUUCUGAAGGAGGUGCCCCGCUCCUAUGAACUCCUCAAACCCCCACCCAUCUGCCCAAGAGACUCCAUCAAAGUCAUCAACAAAGAAGGGGAGGUGAUGGAUGUGUAUCGAUGUGACCACUGUCGAGUCCUCUUCCUGGAUUAUGUGAUGUUCACCAUUCACAUGGGUUGCCAUGGCUUUCGCGACCCUUUUGAGUGUAACAUGUGUGGCUAUCGAAGCCAUGAUAGAUAUGAGUUCUCCUCUCACAUAGCUAGAGGAGAGCACAGAGCCAUGCUGAAGUGAAUGUCCAGCCCCAGAGCCUGUGCCUGAGUUGGCAGCAUUGUCUUAAAAAAAAAAAAAAGACAAAUGAACCCUACCUAACCGAUUGCUCAUGAAGCACACUGCGUCCCAAAUGCCUUUCUAUAGCGCUUUCCUAUGCAAGGGGUCGUAUUCACAUGGAGAGCCUGAGAAACACUGUCUUCAUUCAGAGAUUGUUUGCAUCCAGAUCUAUUAUGUUGUUACUUUUGUUUUUCCCAUCAGGGGCCUGAAAUGUGCGGGAUUUAAAAGCCAAAGAAGUGUUUGGUGAUUUUCUUUUGCAGCCAUAAAACAGGUCACCCACUGGAGUUUGUUGCAAUUGGAACAGUCCCUAGUUGUGCCACAUGAGACAUUCUUCCUGGGCGACAUCAUGCAGAUGUGGAAAAAGCCUCUCAAUCACAGCCAAAAUCCACAAGAGUGAAGAGCCAGCCUUGCCGGGAAGCACCGCCCUUCUGCACUUGACACUUGACACAAGGCUGCCGUGUCCAGGUGUGCCCGCUACCCCACUUCUAUCCCACUAUGGUCCACGGGCAAGAAAAGGGCAACAGCAAGCAGGAUCUGUCACCAACCCCUGAAGACCUCGUUCCCCGAGCUCCAGCUGCACCUGCCCACGUUGUCCUGGGAGGCCUAGGCUUCUGCAGUGUGUGCUCCUCACCCCGUCUCCAGUGCCAAGUCAGGCUGCUUUGGAUUCAGCUGUCUCCAGGAGAGAAUCUACCAGAGGAGCUGGUGGUUUUCAAUCCAGACCAUCACUGCGACUCCAGAAAGUUGGCCACUGAGGAUGACGGUAUCUCUGUCCUUUGACCAGCACUGGCAGAGCAGGGAUCUGCGGGAAGAAGUCUUGGCAGCUGCUUGGAAGCCCUAGUGGCCUUCAUGAGUAUCGGCAGACAGACCCAGAGCAAACUUGUCAGUGAUUUCUUUUCUUUCUUUUUUCUUUUUGCAUAAAAAAUGUCAAAGACUCCCAAAAGUGUAGCUUAGCUUCCUCCCGACAG